AUGAAGAUAUUACAGACAGUAUGUCUGAUACUACAGACGGUAGCAGCGAUGAAAAGUUGCUACGCGCCAGGACAAGGGGUUGAUAUUUCCAAAAGAGUCAAAGCUUCAACUAUGGUCGUCAACGGAAUUGUCUCAUACGUCGGAAAUCCUGACGAAAAUGGAAUCUACAACGCCACCAUUUUGGUCCGAAAAACCUGGUCGAAGAAAAACGACGAUAUCAAAGACAAUGUCGUGCUGCGAUUAGGCCCCUUUGGAACUGAUAAGAAAUGUCCCUCAGUAAAGCACCGCAUGAGUUACAUCUUUUUCAUUCGAAACUCGGGGAGAGGAAAGGAAACGUACGCUAGCGAGCAGAAUUUGAAGAAGACGGCGGCGAUUUUGGGAGAAAAGGAUCCAAAUGCUGUUGCCAAAGUCGAAAUGCUUCCGCAAAAGUCCAUCCACUCGACGUCACCUGAACACCCUCAGUACAACAAAGCGGGCUGCCUGGUCUUGGAGGCGCCUGAAAAUGGCGAUAUGUCUUGCAUGGCGAACGGGAAACAGUGCAAUUUCAAGUGUGACCCUGGUUAUACGAUGGUCGGAUUCCACAGAAAAAUUUGCAUGGGCCGAAAAGUUGGAUGGAAACCAUUCAAGCCCGUUCUUUGCAAGGGAGAAGAUUCGCUCGAAAUGGCGCUGAUUAAUGCGGCGACUACAGUCAAGGAAGACAACUCAAUGCGACAGAAGCUUCUUAUCGAAUCGAAAUUGAAGUCGGCCACUCCUGAUUCCUCGGUGCAUACAGUCAGCACUACAGAAACAGCUGCUUCGGUCUUCCGAAACCGACCAUUGCCAAAUUUGAAAUUCGCCUCCGACGCUGGUCAAAAAAUGGACGAACUUUUGAAGCAAAAGAUGAUCGCGAGAACAACGCCGAGAACGACCACUACUGCCGCGCCGUUGGAAGCUUUCUUUACCGAUUUGCAAAGCGAGUGCAAGAUCAAAAAAGGAACGUACCGACGGGGCAACGCGUGGAAUCAGGGCUUCGAUGGAAGCGUUCAAGUCAAUCCUACUCAGCGCAUCAGCGAGUGGACCCUCGUUUUGACCUUUUCCGCGCCCGUCACUUCCCUCGCUCUGCACCAAGAGCGAAGAUAUGUCCUCAGGAAGUCAUCAGCCAACAAGCGCACCUAUGCUAUUACCGUUUCGUCCUAUCAAAGCAGCCAACUCUUCCCCGGCUAUCCGCUUGAGGUUGAUUUUACCGCCAAGCACAUGAGCUUUGUCGAUUUGGACGUCGAGGCAGUCCUCUAUUACGAUUGCGCCAAGGCCGUUGUCGAGAAGAAGCCAGUUUCGUUAGGUUCAAGUCCCUUCAGUCGACUUUCGAACAAUCGAUGGGGCGUUCGAUCUACUGUUGCUCCUAAAACUACCGCAGUUGCUCCAAGAAAAUUCGCGGCGAUCGGGGAAAUUUACACGGGAGACCAACUUUCCGACGGUGUUCAACAUUGCAGCGCGUGGGAACCAGCCGGUCGCCUUCCUGGCACUGGACAGGUUUACCCACGAUGGAUUUCAUCAGUCUUCAAAAGCGCCGUCAGAUACGACUACAACGAAGUCAUGUCGAAAUCUCUCCUGUUCCUGAACGCCCAACGCUCUGGAGCACUUCCUGAGGCUUUCCUAACAGAUUGUCAACCUCAACUUGAAAUAUCGUUUAUCAAUUUUCGUCUUUUAGAGCAACUGGAAUUCGAUCCCUGGCGAGGCGACUCUGGUCUCAAGGACGGUUGUUUGGAAGCAGUUGACCUCUCUGGCGGCUGGUACCACGAUGGCGGCCACGUCAAGCACGCUCUUCCCACGGCUUCUGCUGCGACGAUGCUGCUUUGGGGAAUGAUCGACUACAAAGAUGCUUACGCCCAGUCCAACGAAUUCGAGUUUGCAAAGAACCAGCUCAAGUGGAUCGUGGAUUAUUAUAUGAAGGCGCACACUGGCAAAUUUGAGCUCUAUGUCCAGGUCGGCGACGUCAAAAUUGAUGACAACUACUGGGGCAGGCCAGAGGAGAUGAACAUGGACAGGCCAGCUUUCAAGAUCUCUCCAGAAUACCCCGGCUCGGACAUUGCCGCAGAAAUCGCCGCCACUUUCGCAGCUGCUUCGAUGGUUUUCGCUGACGACGACGAGUUGUACGCGGCCAAGUGCUUGGAACACGCUCGAGACUUGUGGGAAUUCGCCUCUACUUACCAAGGCAGCUACAGUGCGCACAUUGAGACUGGCGAAAAAUUCCAGAACCGAUUUUUGAAUAAUUCGGCUCACGCUGAGCCAUAUCCUGAGACUGGAUACAUGGAUGAGUUGGUUUGGGGAGCUCUUUGGAUUUACAAGGCGACUGCUGACAAUUACUACCUCGAUCAGGGACGGAUUCAACACUGUCACAGUUUUGGCGAAAUUAAGGCUUUCCAAAGCGAUAAUAGAAAAUACUAUUCUUCCUUGUGGGAUCAUAAGCAUUCAAGGCAGGCGGAGCGUCUUUUCUCCGAACACGGCUUCUACUCUCCCCGAGUAUUUAGCUGGGACGAUAAGCGAGCUGGCAAUUUGGUUUUGCUGGCCAAGUUCACCGGGAAGAAGGAGUACAAAUCGCAGCUGAACCAGUUCCUGAAUUGGCUAAUGGAGUCCGCCUACCGAACCCCCAAAGGACUCAUCUACCUCGAUGAUGCAGCCCCCAACCGACACGCCGCCAACGCGGCCGUAAUCGCCCUCCAAGCGGCUUCCAUCUUCACCGAUUACCGCACGAUGCUGACCAAGUUUGCUCAGCAGCAAGUUCAUUACAUGCUUGGCGAUUCUGGCCGCUCCUACGUCGUCGGUUUCGGCGUUAACCCACCGCAACGCGCUUACCACCGAGGAAGCAGUUGCCCCGACGUGCCGAAGUCGUGCUCGUGGGAGCAGAUGAAAUCGACGCGAGCGAAUCCUCAGGUGCUCUUCGGCGCGCUCGUCGCUGGACCGGAUCGACUCGACAACUACGAGGACAGACGGGACAGACGAUUCAACGACGUCGGCGUCGAUCACACCGCCGGGCUUUUGACAGCCGUCGCUGGGUUGAAACAGGACUCGCAAAAGGCCAGAGGGUUCAGAAUCCUCGGCUCAUGGAAGGGCUAA